UGCCAGUCCGGAGUUGUGAUGGAAUUGUUUCGUUUUCCGGUGCAGGUGCAAUAAGCAAUAGGAGAGGAGAGCAAUUUUCAUUCGGUUUCUAGCUAGUGCCAAGCAGUCGUCGAUUGCAUGGUUCGUCCUUGAGAAAACUUGAUAAGUGCCAGCGGAACCGUGAAGAAUCGCAACCCACGAUGGAUAAAGGAAACAGAUGAUGUGUUGUAAGAUCAAGGUGUUUUUAGUGUUUCGUAUUAUUAGUGAGUGAGCCGUGAGAGUGAGUGAGUGUGUGCGUGCGUGCGUCGUGUCGCAGGUUGCGGUGGGUUGCGCUGGGUUUGACAAAUACCCCCGCGAAGCUCCAUUGCGUCCUGUUCUCUAGCAAACUUCUCGUGACCCACCCGCCCAACGCCGUUGUUUUGGGUACAGAAGCUGCAUAAAGGAGCGUUUGUCUGUGUGCCUGUGUGUGACCCUCUCCCGUCGUGAUCAACAAACGGAGGCACGGAAUUAAAUCAUGUCGGACAAAAUCAAAGUAGCCGUGCGGGUUCGCCCGUUUAACCGGCGAGAGCUCGAACUGGCAACAGAAAACGUAAUAGAAAUGGAUGGAACACAGACUAUUUUGAAAUAUCCUGCCAGCCUAGACAAGAUGGAAAGGAAACCACCCAAAAUCUUCGCCUUCGAUCACUGCUUCUACUCGACCGAUGCCAACGCGAACAACUUUGCGUCACAGGAGCUGGUCUUCAACAACAUCGGUCGGGACAUUCUGGAGAAUGCGUUCCAGGGCUACAAUGCGUGCAUCUUCGCGUACGGUCAGACUGGCUCGGGCAAAUCGUACACAAUGAUGGGCGGCCAGGACAGCAAAGGCAUCAUACCGAGGCUGUGCGAUGAGCUGUUUGCAUCGAUCGCAGCCAAACAGACGGAGGAGCUAAGCUACAAGGUGGAAGUGUCCUACAUGGAGAUCUACAACGAGAAGGUGCACGAUCUGCUCGAUCCAAAGACCGCCAAACAGUCUUUGAAGGUGCGCGAGCAUAACGUGCUCGGGCCGUAUGUGGAUGGAUUAUCGCAGCUGGCUGUCACCUCCUUUCUGGACAUCGAUAACCUGAUGGCAGAAGGUAACAAGUCGCGUACGGUCGCGGCAACGAACAUGAACUCGGAAUCGUCCCGCUCGCACGCCGUCUUCACAGUCGUGCUGACGCAGACACUAAUCGACACACUGUCCGGGGUCACGGGUGAAAAGGUGUCGCGCGUGUCGCUGGUGGAUUUGGCCGGUAGUGAGCGCGCGGUAAAAACUGGAGCCGUCGGAGACCGGCUGAAGGAGGGCUCAAAUAUCAACAAAAGUCUUACCACGCUCGGUUUGGUGAUAUCGAAGCUAGCGGACAGUACCGGCGGGGGUGGUGGGGGCGGUAAGAACAAAGAUAAAUUCGUGCCGUACCGUGACUCGGUACUGACGUGGCUGCUAAAGGACAAUCUCGGCGGUAACUCGAAGACGGUAAUGUUGGCAACAUUGUCACCGGCGGCCGAUAAUUACGAAGAGACACUGUCUACGCUUCGGUAUGCAGAUCGGGCAAAGCGAAUCGUCAACCACGCCGUGGUUAAUGAGGAUCCAAACGCACGCAUCAUUCGUGAGCUGCGCAAGGAGGUGGAAACGCUGCGGGAGAUGUUGAAGCACGCGACUGGCAGCAACUUUGGCGACAUGAAGCGCGUCGACAUUCACGAUAAGCUGGCGGAAAGUGAAAACCUGAUGAAGCAGAUUUCGCAAACGUGGGAAGAGAAGCUGGAGAAGACGGAACAGAUCCAAAGCGAGCGACAGCAGGCGCUCGAAAAGAUGGGCAUCAGUGUGCAGGACAGUGGCAUCAAGGUGGAGAAGAACAAAUACUAUCUGGUCAAUCUGAAUGCCGAUCCGUCACUGAACGAGUUGCUGGUGUACUACCUGAAGGAGGAAACGCUGAUCGGUGGCCGCAGCAGUAGCGGCAGUAAACAGCCCGACAUUCAGCUGCUUGGUCUCGGCAUCCAGCCCGAGCACUGUCUCAUCACGAUCGAGGACGGCGAGCUGUACAUGGAACCGAUCGAGAAUGCCCGUUGUUGUGUGAAUGGUUCUGUUAUGAGUGGCAAGACGGCACUGCACCACGGCGACCGUAUUCUCUGGGGCAAUCAUCACUUUUUCCGCGUAAACUGCCCAAAAUCUGCAACGAAUAGUACGGCGCUCGGCGCGUCGGAACCGCAGACGCCAGCGCAACAUCUCGACUAUUACUACGCGCAGGAAGAGUUGAUGCAGAACGAGCUGAGCAACAAUCCCAUUCAGGCGGCCAUCUCGCGGCUAGAGAAGCAGCACGAGGAAGACAAGCAGGUAGCACUCGAGAAGCAACGGCAGGAGUACGAGAAGCAGUUCCAGCAACUGCGGAACAUCCUCUCGCCUACAACACCGUACGCUCCCUACGCACCGUACGAUCCGUUCCGACUGGGAAAGCUGCCACCAAACACACCGACGGGCCAGCUGCGCGUAGAGAAGUGGGCCCAGGAAAGGGACGAGAUGUUUAAGCGUUCUCUCGGCCAGCUUAAGACCGACAUCGUACGGGCCAAUGCGCUCGUACAGGAAGCCAAUGUGCUGGCGGAAGAGAUGGACAAACAAACCAAAUUCAGCGUCACUCUGCAGAUACCGCCGGCCAAUCUCAGUCCGAACCGGAAGCGAGGCGCUUUCGUAAGCGAACCGGCCAUUUUGGUGCGGCGCAUGAACUCUGGCAGUCAGAUCUGGAGUAUGGAAAAGCUGGAGAACAAGCUGAUCGAUAUGCGUGACAUGUACCAGGACUACAAGGAGCGCCAUCUGGCUGCGAUGGAGGAGGCCAAAGCAAAAUCGGAUCCGUUUUACGAAUCGCAGGAAAACCACAACCUAAUCGGAGUGGCAAACAUCUUCCUGGAGGUGUUGUUCCACGACGUGAAGCUGGAGUACCACACACCGAUCAUUAGUCAGCAGGGUGAGGUGGCCGGACGGUUGCAGGUGGAAAUUAGCCGAGUGGCUGGAACCUUCCCGCAGGAUCGUAUGUGUGAGUCGGCGUCGGAGAGCUCGGGCGAUAGCCACGAAGACGACGAGGACUCGCCCGAUACGCCGUCACCGCCGCCACCGACAAACAGCAAUCAGAUCAGCUGUAGAAUCAGCAUCAAGCAAGCAUCGGGACUGCCGCUCUAUCUGUCCAACUUUGUGUUCUGUCAGUAUUCGUUCUGGAACCACGAGGUGGCGGUAGUGCCGGCCACCAACCAAGAAGUCGCCGGUCACAACCAAAACAUAACGUUCAAGUUCGAUCACGAGGCGGACUACAUAGUGACGAUGAACGAAGAGUUUAUGGAACACUGCACGGAUGGUGCCCUCUCGAUAGAGGUUUGGGGCCAUCGGUCUGUUGGAUUCUCCCGCAUGAAGGACUGGGAGGUUGAGCAACAGCAGGCCAAGGCACGUUCGUUGGCCGACCGUUGGGCUGAGCUGUCGCGCAAGAUCGAGCUGUGGGUUGAGAUCCACGAGCUGAACGACAAUGGUGAUUGGGCUCCAGUUGAGGUUCAGUGCGCUCGUGACAUGCUGACGGGUGGAGUGUACCAGCUACGCCAAGGAUUCCAACGACGCGUCAUGGUGCGUGUGAAGCCGGUGCAAAACUCUGGCACGCUGCCCAUCAUCUGCCAGUCGAUCAUCAACGUGUCGAUGGGUUGUGUGACCGUCCGCUCAAAGCUGCAGAAGCCGAUGGACUCCUAUCAGGAGGAAGAUCUUACCGUGUUGCGGGACAAGUGGAGUGAAGCGCUUGGGCGCCGACGUCAGUACCUGGACCAGCAGAUACAGCGACUGAUUAACAAGGACGAUAAAACGGAACAGGAGAAGGAGCGUGAGCAGAGUUUGGUGAAUCAGUGGGUUUCACUGACGGAGGAGCGAAAUGCGGUGUUGGUGCCGGCGCCUGGGUCGGGCAUUCCGGGAGCACCAGCGUCCUGGGAUCCACCGCUCGGCAUGGAGCCGCAUGUACCGGUCCUAUUUCUCGAUCUCAACGCGGACGAUUUGUCGACCCAGGGCCUUUCGAACGACGAGGUCCCGCUGGCCGGUUUGAACUCGAUCCUGCCCAAAGAGCAUGGCAACAAGUUCUACAAUUUGCAGAUCAUCCAACAUCUGGACAAGGACAUUUGCGCAAUCUGCAGUUGGGACUCGUCGAUUCAUGACUGUUCGGCACUGAACCGUAUCACGGAGGCGAACGAGCGCGUUUACCUGAUUCUGAAGACGACCGUGCGGCUUUCGCAUCCGGCUCCGAUGGAUUUGGUGCUGCGCAAGCGACUAGCACUGAACAUUUACAAGCGUCAAAGCUUUACCGAUCGGCUGAAAAAGCUGCGCAUCGGUCGCGCGGAGUCACUGUCGUUGCAGUCCGGCGUAACGUACGAGGUGGUGUCCAACAUUCCAAAGGCCUCCGAGGAGUUGGAGGAUCGUGAGUCGUUGGCACAGAUUGCCGCCACCGGCGAUGACUGUUCGGCGAGCGAUGGCGAAACAUACAUCGAAAAAUAUACCAAAGGAGUGUCGGCUGUGGAGAGCAUAUUGACGCUGGAUCGAUUAAGGCAGAGUGUGGCCGUAAAGGAGCUGGAACAGGUGCGCGGACCGGCACUUUCCAUGCGCAAGACGGCCAGUGUGCCAAACUUCUCGCAGGCCGUAAAAGAUGCCAGGGAGAUUAGUACGAGUCUCACCACCUCGAGGACAAUGAGAUUCUUCGAUGCCUCGUUCGAAUCGCUGCUGAGCAUUGGACGUUCAGAGUCGUAUGCUGAUCUGAAGAUGGGUCUCAACAAUGCGCAAAGUACGCGUGAGACGGCCAACAGUAGGCAAAAGAUGAAGAACAACGGCGAAGAAUCGUCCGGCUCGGGUUACGGUGCAGCUCGUCCCACAUUCCUCAAUCUCAAUAUCAAUCUGAAUUCCUUGCGACUUCAGCCAACUAAACCGUCACCUGCGGCAAGCAAGUUGGCUCAGCGGAUGACGACACUGCACGAGGAACCGUUGAUCAAGCAGAUCUGCUACGAGGAGGAAGGCGAAGACCGUUUCAGUGAGCCGGAGUAUGCUGAGUAUAACGAUUUCUACGAGCAGCCAAUGGGCAAGAAACCGUCACUGUCGAAGAUGAAAUCAUCGUACACGGUCGAAUCGUUCAUUGACAUCGAUAAGCGUAGCCAGUCGACGGCUGCCGAAGGGAUGAAUGCUGCGGGUGGAAAGUUUGCCGGCAAGACGAAGGUGGAAUCGGCGUCCAUGGGUGGAAUUUCAUCGGCGCCGGUGUCGGGCGGUAGUGCCGGUGGCGCUAAUGGGACGAAAUAUCCAACCAUGACACCCAGCAUGAGCUCGUCCACCUCGAGCGGUUACGGAUCGCAGGCCGUGUCGUGCAGCAACCUCACCAACGAUGACACAUACUCCCUCCGGUCACUAAGCGUCGGAGAAACGCCAGAUACUAUGUCGCCGUCCAACAGAAUGCAGGAUCAAAUCAUGUCCGCUAGCACCAAUGCCAAAUCGGAGGAGGAAGCUGCUGUAACUUCUCCGACGACCUCACACUCCGCUUCGGAAGCCACGCUAAUGGCGGCAAGCAUGGACAGCUACAGCAGCAGCAGUCCAACGGCACGAGCUCCGAGCGACGCACCGAAGCGCGUCAAUCCGUUCAUGAAGGAUGCCAACAUUGAAGCGUUUGACGAGAGCAGAUCAGUCGAGUCUGCCGAGGCAACAGUGACGCAGCAGCAGCAGCAGCAACAAAACGAAGAGGACGAAGGAUUGGGCGGAGAGCAAACGCAGUCAGCCGAUUCGACGAAUGUGAGCGAAUCGACGCAAAUGGUUGACGAGAGUGAAGAAAGUGACCAGAGCUCAGCAAACACCAAACACUCCUCAGACGUGAUGGAAAGCAGCUUCUCCUCGACACCAGGCAAGCAGGAAAUCAUCCCCGACUGGGUGGUGGUUGGCGAAUCCGUGCAAAUCAGGCCCUACAAUACGAGCGGUGUGAUAGCUUUCAUUGGUGCCACUCACUUCCAAGGAGGAACUUGGAUCGGAGUGGAGCUCGAUACGCCAACCGGCAAAAACGACGGAACCGUGCAAGGCAUCCAAUACUUUGACUGCCGUCCAAAGCAUGGUAUCUUUGUGCGCGUGGACAAGCUGAUUCUCGACAAGCGCGGCCGAGCAAUGCGCGAGCUAAAAAAGGCGGAAAAGAUGAAAGCGGAACUGGCCGGCGGCAAAGGCGGACAGCGGCCGUUAACGGGUGGUGCUGGAUUGGCAACGAAUGGGCCACGCAAAUGAUACGCGUUCAAUCGUGGUCUCAGCAGCGCAGGACCGUGUUCGUCGAGGCCGUUCACGGGCCGGACACGGUUUGUGCCGAAGUCUGCCUCCGUUGCAGCGUUCAAUCGCGGUAAGUAAGGAAGCCGCGGGACUCGGUACACGGGGCUGGCGAUGAUGUUGCAACGCAAUCUUCAUGCAUGCAUGCUCCGCCCGGAAGAGAACGCUUGAACAGGAAGGAGGGAGGAGGUGGAGAAUCAGUACAGAAACGGCCGUUUGAUAGCAAACAUGCAAAAUCCAUCCCUUUUUAUCAAGAAGCUUGCUUGAUAUUUUGACGAUAUGCUUUUUUUUCCUAUACAUUGUGACGCAAACUAGACCCGCUCGCCUGUUUAGGGAGGUGGGCGCGACCAGUGUGUAGCAGAGAGGCCGGUAGAUACAGAAGCAUUAGUCGCAAACGCAUCUCAAUAGGCAAGAGCAGCCAACAGAGCGCCAUUCUGCUACGGUUCUAGCUAGUGAAAGGAGAGCUCUUUCUCCCAGCGACCUCAAAAUUGAACGAUGAGCGAAGCAAAGUAUCGUAAAUUGCAUGUGCAUCUUCUUCACUCGUAAUUGCGUGCAACUAGGAUUAUUACCACUAUCACCAUUUACCACAUUAUAUCACGGAUGCACGCGCGCAGCUCUCGUUAGGGUGAGUGCCGCGAGUGUUGGAUGCACUUUGGUGUGAUCACAAGUUUCCAGCCAAAAAUGAAAAAACACACACAAAGAAAACCACAUGCCGAAAAAGAGAAAAGGUUAAAAGUUUAGCCCGUCGGUAGGCACUUUUCGAACUGUUUGAACCCGAUUCCAUCCCGCUUUCGAUAGAAAACAAACAUUGAAACACAAUCUCUACACAUUUUUCGUCCGUUCAAUGUGAAGCUGUGUGUGUCUGUCGGUAGAGAAAACAAUCGCGAGAAGUGAAGGCAAGACAGGACAGGACAAAAAAGUACACGGGAAUGUAACCCCUUUUCUGAGUGUAGCAUAUUUUCUAUUUAUGUUAGAAUAGGGAAGAACAAAAACGCAUCAUAGCAUUGUAGCAAAAAGUAGGAACAGCCGAAGCCGAAGCUAGAAAUUGAUAGGGAUGUUGGUGGUUCCUGCAGAUUCUGUCCGUCAAAGCGCGAACGAGCACGUCGUGCGAAACCAUCCAUUCCAUUGCAAUACGAAAAGCGAUUCCUUCCGUUCAGUAGCGUGAACACAAACCACUGCUCACUGUUGUAGGGCGCUAAAAGAGUGCAGAAGCAGUAAAUCGUCCAAUCGAACCGCCAUUGUCCAUGCGCGAAAGCAGCUAGAAGGCGCGAAAGCCUAACCAAUCAGUCCAUUCCGUUGAGAGUAUUGGGAAAAAAGUGGGGCAAAAAAUCGAUUAAAAUUGUUGCGCAUGUGUGUGUCCGGUAAUAGCUUAUGUCCCGCGUUGUCCGCCGACAUAGAUAAGGCACUCCGUCGUUAGUCUCAGGUCUCACCCAUCACGGCACCAGUAGAGAAGUGUUGCUUUUGGAGAAAGGACGGUACUUGCAUGCCCACCAGCCGGGAGAAGGUAUCGAAAACUGAUUGCUUCAGUGGCUAAGAUGAGUGCAAACACACUAAUUGCUUAGCUCAACUGAAAGCGUCAAAUCCGAGGAGUGCGUCGAGGUAGGAGAGAGAGAGAGAGAGAGAGAGCGAGAGAUUUUGUUUUUUAUUUGCUAGUGGCUGUGGGAAGCUUUCAAGCAAGAAGCGGCCUAAAGCAUGCCCAAAAGCAUGUCGAAAUUAGCAACUUAAGGUCGAAAACGGGAGCGAUUGUGUGUAUGCGUGCAAGUACCGUGCUUUCUUCGAGUCGACUCCUAGAACAUGUGUUGUAAACCACUGAUAGUAAACAGCAGAGUUACGCCUGUAGAGAGAGCAAGAGAGAGAGAGAGAGCGAGACGAUCGUAGGUCUAGAUCGCAGUAGCAAAAUUAAACACCAGUGAGAGAGCGAGAGAGCAUCGAAAAGCAAAUGGAUAGUGUUUGUGGAUAGAUAGAAUAGUAGAUUGCAAUACUAAUGGCUGGCCUCUGUAGCAUGUAGUAGAGAGAAGCGAGAGCGAGAGUAACAAAAUGGCGUACUAACGCGGAAAUAAUCCUUCAAAUAGUGAUUUAAUAGAAUAUCAUUGCUCACACAUAGCAUGGGAUAGAAGGAAGAAGAACCUACGCACACUACUCCUCGCGGUGGAGCAGUUCCAACAAGAUUUUCCUUUUGUUUUUCCUUGUUUUCCGGCGGCAUAUUUGAUAUACAUGCUUCCACUUUUUGCAGCUUAUGCUUUAAUGCAGCAGCAAUAGCACACACCCAAGACUCAAAGACGGCAACAAAACAGCAAUAUUUGAUCAGAUAAGAAAGGAUAAGAAACGGGGGAUCGUUGAUGAAAUAGUCAGAGUACGAAGAGAAGAGGAGUGAGAGGUGAUUUUAACUUGUAACUAGCGAAAACGGGAAUUGUGAUUUAGUUGUUUAAGUUUGGUUAGCGAAAGACACAGCUCAAAAUGGCUUCAUUUGUUUUGUUUGUCAACCAUAUCGAACGAAGAAGGAAGGAUACGCGUCGCGCUACGUUUAGUGACUGCACAUUUGUUUGUUUAUAGCGUGUUUUUGCUUUUCUUUUGCUCUUGUCACACAUACACACACAUGUUAUCAAUCACGGGGCGGCGGCGGCGGCAUCCUUCCGGUAUCAUCGGUCCUUUGUUAUUAGCGUUACGUGCCCUCGUUAAGGCGUAGAGGAUGAGGAUUAUUUGUGUGAUUUUAAGCUUAUAGGUUUCUUGCUCGCGUAAGAACAUUAACGAUACGUGGAGACGCUUUUGUUUAGUACGUUUGCGUUUGUGUAAGAAACUCGAUUAUGUACAUAGUAACUACUGUAUGAUGCAAACCCGUACGGCGGCGCGGCUUUAUUGCGUUAUGGCGUUUAGGGAAGUCAGUGAGGAAAGAGGCAGAAAGAAAUUCAUAUCAUUUAUAAGCUGGCGGUUUGCGCCCUGCUGCCGAAGCGCACCGUUUGUGUAUAUUUAUUUUUAAUAAUGCCCCCAUAUCUAUGUUAUACAUGUUGCGUGCUAUCACCUUCAGUCCUGUAACGCUACUACUACUACUACUACUACUACCUGCUACUACCAUGUACUACUUCUAUAGGAUCCCCCCAGCUCGCUCGCCCGCUCCUGCUUCACGAUGUGUAUGUGCGCGUACGCGCGCGCGUGUGUGUGUCCAAUGUUAUUACUAGAGAAAGGCAGAAAACCGACCGUAUUUCACACAAUCAUUGUUAUACUAGAGCGUGUUAGAGCGCGAGCAGCGCAGAAUGAGCCGAAGAGUAGAACUAUUUCUUAUUCUCUAACAUCUAAGAGCCUAGCAUUCCUCUACCCCGUUUCACGACCUCUACCACCACCAUCACCACCCUUCACGAUUCUACCUAAGUAAGGGGGGGGGGUCCAUGAAUGUCAACAAAAUAACCUGUGUAAUAAAUAAAGUUGUAUAGUAAGAGAAGAUUGAUGACUAAACCGAGCGCUUUUUACACCCGACGACGACGACGACGACGACGUUGGCGUGAUCCGGGUUUGUUGCAAUAAUAAAGCAGAUGAUAUGGCAGAAAGUAGGUAAAACAUGAUGCACAGAUGCAGAUUGGGCGCGCAGAAAAGGAAAGAAAAAUGGGGUUUUGCUUUUAGUACAAGUCCAUAUUAGCCCUAGAGCGAGGAAGAAGCGUGUGUUUGCGCGAGUAACGUAAUAUCCCAUUCCGUCGCACAUCCCUCCCGCCCGCCCUGGCGUAUAAAGAGCAAACACAACACACAUAAACAGAGAUAUACAACAAGACGAAACACAACAGUAAACUAACUAUCCUCUUUACCAAAGGCGAGUAAAACAAUAUUAUUAGCAGUGUGAAAAUAACACAAUCGCGUUGAUACACAAUACAGAGAUAGGCAGGCAGGGUUGGUCGAUAAUUGAUGAUAAGCAAACAAAAUGAAAUACAAAAUCCACAAAUCUAUUUUUCUAGACUAGUAAUAAUAAUAAUACUAACACGAGAGAAACGUGCACGUACGCGUGCGGGUGUGUGUGCUUGCGUGUUGCGGCAUACCACAGACGGUAUGCCGCUUAUGAUAUGGAAUGGGUAAAUAUUCAACAAAACAGCAAAAUUAUGCAGAAAAAAAGCUUGCCCCCAAAAAAAACCACAUAAACAGCUCAACUUUUCCCCCGUUUUCCACGAGAUGCGCGCUGUACGAUCAAAUUAUUACAGAAAUUACAACAACAAACGAUAAGAAGGAAGACGAUAGAGUGUGGAAAGUAGCAUGAAAGGGGAGAAAAAUCAAUCUAGUCAAGACGUGACUUAUGUCGAAACUGCGUGAGCAAAGUAUCGUCGUCAUUCCCCACGUAAUGAGAUCGUGAUGCUAUCUUUUCGCCAUUAAAAUCAACUCAAGGGACGGUAAUGAGGGCAGGGGAGGUGGAAAACAACAAACUCCAUCGCACACCAACCACAGCAGGAUAACAACAACAAACAAAAAAACACUUGAAAACA